AUGGUUAGAGGCAGUUUCCCUAAGCUCACUGCAGCACAGAUAGUGGAGGUGCUCAAGGACGACUUCGCUGUCAUAGUACCGCCUAAGCUCAAGGCAUGCAUCCUAGCCCUACAACCAGAGGACCUCAGUGCAUGUCCUGCGGAGAUCCUACGCAUUACCUAUGAUGCCCUUCUCGUGGGUGCAUUAGAUCUCACGGAAGAUGAACUCAAUGUACCAGCCGAGUUCUUGGGGCAGAGAGCGGCUCAUGAGAGUACCACCCCUAUUAUGCUCAUGUCCCGUCAAGUGAAAUGGACUUAUACUUACCUCCUUAGGGCUUCAGAACAUAUUCGCUCUGUGUGCCCUCCGGUCGCCAUAUGUUCUGUGGUGUCCCCUUAUGAGGACACCAAGCGUACGAGGAUGCUCGUAUCGGCAUUGAUCAACUAUAUAAGGUACAAGUACAUAGUUUUGGCCCAGCCCAAGAUCAGUAGUAUAGAGCAGAUGAGAGCUGAUGAGGAGGAUGCGUUGGUAGAAGUCCAGGAGAAGGUUGAGCAUAGCAAACGUGCCCUACAGGAUGUCAAGGCCACACGCGAGAGGCUGAAGCCGAGCUUGACGAAGGCGAAGCAUGAUAGACAUGUACUUGAUGAGGAACUAUGUGCGCUCGGAAAGGCUAAGGAUGCUCUUGUUACGUCCAUUGAGGAGCACGAGAGAGUGAAGGAAGAGCUGACUGUGGGGUCUAGUGAGAGAAGGCAGGUUAUUGAGGAGAAGAAGGAGGAGUUGCAGCAUGUGGCAGACUUAGUGGUAGAGAAUCCAGAGAGGGUUUUGGAGAAGCAUAAGAAGUCCGAAGAAAGGGAGGCCGCGCUACGAAGGACGUUGGACGAGAAGCAGGCGAAGCUGUCCAUGGCUAGAGAGAAGACGAGUGAUUGGAGGGAGACCAAUGGGAGGUUUGAGGGAUUGAUGAAGAAGGCUCGAGGAAUCAAGGCAGAUAAGGAGAAAAUGGAGAAGACCUUGCAAACGCUGGAGGACAGGAAGGCGAACGACGCUGAUAUAUCGGCUGUGAUGAGGGAGGCCGGGAAACUGAAAGAGGAGGCGGGUCACAGAAUUUCGAAGCUGAAUGCCCAUCGGCAGGCCUUCUCGGCUAAGGAAGCAGAGCCGAAUCCUCAGCAUGAAGCACGCAUGAGGGAUUUGCGAUCAAGAGUGGCGGAGCAGGAGAAGAAACUCGCGAGGGAAGCUCAGGCGUGGAAGGCAGAGUUGGAGGAACUGAAUGAUAAAUUGAGAACAGCUGAAGAGCAACGGAGGAUGGGCGAGAAGCGGGCAAAGCACGAUAGGGUUGCCAGAGCAAAGCUGGUGGAGAUAGGGAAGAGGUUCAUCGCAGAGUUCACGGCAUCGCUGCCGACAGGGCGACCGACGUUAUGUGCCUAGUAGCUGAGAACGCCUACCUAACAUGCAUGAGAUAGUCACGAAUUAGUAGUUGCAAGAGUAUGCAGGAUUCCAAUAUCUUUCUGGUAG